CCUCAUAAUUAGACAUUUAUUUUCUAUCUUUUAAGUCAAAGUUUGAAUCCAUGUAAAACAAAUGCAAAUGAAGAAUUUAGGACAAGAAGUGCAUUAUUGGCAUUGCACAGACUUCCACCAAAAGUCCAGUCUUCAAAUUGAAAGCACCAAGUGUGUGCAUUUCCAACACUGUAAAAGUUGUGUCAAAGUCUGUUACAUUACUUUAUUCUUUGGUUGCAGGUGAAAUGUUUAUUAACUAAUCAUUUCAUCUCCAUUAGUUAAAUAAUCAGCUAAUUUCAUGAGCUGUGACUCUCCACAGAUAUAAUCACAGCCCAUCCCCUCCUUUAGAGAAUUUCAACACGUGGCUCUGAAUCCCAAAAAACAGAUUUUAUUUUGAAAGUUCUUUCCGGAAGUGUUGUUUUUCCCCCGCUGGUUUGACUGUCGCGGCUAGGUGAUGGUUUGCUUACUUGGAGCAGGACUGAGUUUGGAGCGGGUACUGUGAAAUGUGUAACCAUGAUGUUGCCUGGAUAAUCAGCGGAGGACGUUAGGAGACAGAGACCUACAACCAGCUGAAGGCAGGUGCAGCAGGCAGGACAGCCACACCUCAUGCGCGGGCUCAGCAAAGGUCCGAGUGGAUACGGGUCUGACAAACAUGGGUGUCCUCCAGCUCCACAACCCCACUCAUCCCAGCACGCUCCUGCAGCGAGCCAACCAGAUGCGUCUAACCGGCACCUUAUGUGAUGUCAUUAUCACGGUGGAUGGCCAGGAGUUCCCAGCACACCGCACGGUUCUGGCCUGCACCAGCAAAAUGUUUGAGAUCUUGUUCCACCGCAGCAGCCUGCGUUACGCCCUGGACUUUCUGUCCCCAAAGACUUUCCAGCAGAUCCUGGAGUACGCCUACACCGCCUCGCUCCAGGCCACAGCGGAGGACCUGGAUGAUCUGCUAUAUGCAGCAGAGAUCCUGGAGAUCGAGUACCUGGAGGAGCAGUGCCUCAAGGUGCUUGAAACCAUCCAGGCAGAGGAGAGCGAGGAGGUGGCGGUGAGGAAUCACAGCACUGGAGAGCCCGGUGACCACAGCCGAGCCAGGCACUGGAGGCACAUGUUGAUGUCCAAGAAGCAUUCCAUUCAGGAUGGACCCACCCGGACCACUCCUACUGCUCUGCACCACCUGGCGCUGUACCACAUGACAGAGAGGAGCUCUCCUGGUCCAGAGCCCGAGGCGGCAACUGAAUCAAGCCCCAAGCUGGACACUGAGGUGGACAUGGAGAGUUCCCAGAAGCCUCAACACAGCAGCACAGAGUCCCGUUCUGCAUCUCUGGAUCCAAACAGAAAUAUAAAAUCCGAGAGCAUGCAGGUGGAUGAAGCCAACGGCUGUGAGGGCAGGUCUUCCAGCACCGGGGAGGGUAGCUGCAUGUCAGAUCAGCCCAGAGACGAGGGCCCGGGGACGCCUCUGAGGGGCAGCGUGAUCACCAGUGCCCGAGAGCUGCACACAAGCCCUGAGGAUGGAAGACAAGCUGUAGGGAACUCUCUGGACUGUUUCCCCGGGAUAGCUGAGAAACAUCUGGCCUCCAUUUACUCUGUGCCCUCCAAUCACACAGGGGAGGGGAUGCUGCCAGUGUCCGUAUCAGUGGCCCCGUCCUUGGGUGUGCCGCUGGACCCGAGGGCCUACAGCGGCCUGCUGCACCAGGGCUUGCUGCACAGGGAGCUUCUGAACAGACUGGGCCAGUUUGCAGCAGGGAUGAGACACGAGGGCCAGACUCCGAGCCAGCAGUACUGUGGAGAGUGUGGGCUUCAGCUGCACAGCAGGCAGGCCAUGGAGCAGCACAGGAGGCUGCAUAACGAGGAGAAGGGCCACGGCUGCGAGUACUGUGGCAAACACUUCCAGGACAGCAUGCGGCUGAGGAUGCACAUGUUGUCUCACACAGCUCCUGCAGAGGCGCUGGUGUGUGAUCAGUGUGGAGCAACGUUCUCCUCUGAGGAUGCUCUGGAAGCCCACAGGCAAACACACACAGGGACUGACAUGGCGGUGUUCUGUCUGCUGUGUGCAAAGCGCUUCCAGACCCAGAAGGCCCUGCAGCAGCACAUGGAGGUCCAUGCAGGCAUGCACAGCUACAUCUGUAGCCACUGUGAGCGCCCCUUCCCCAGCCACACCACCCUCAAAAGACACUUGCGCUCGCACACAGGCGAUCACCCGUUUGAGUGUGAAUUCUGCGGGAGCUGUUUCAGAGACGACGGCACACUGAGAGGCCAUAAACGCAUCCACACAGGAGAGAAGCCUUACGAGUGCAACGGCUGCGGGAAGAGGUUCAGCCUCAAACACCAGCUAGAAACACACUACCGUGUACAUACAGGUGAGAAGCCAUUCGAGUGUAAGCUGUGUCACCAACGGUCCAGAGACUACUCGGCCAUGAUCAAGCACCUGCGCACUCACAACGGAGCGUCUCCGUACCAGUGCACCAUCUGCCAGGACUUCUGCCCGAGCCUGGCCGCCAUGCAGAAGCACAUGAAGGGCCACAAACCCGAGGACGUGCCGGCAGACUGGAGGAUAGAAAAAACUUACCUGUACGUCUGUUAUGUCUGAGCGGGACUUGGACUUGUGCACCGUCUGACACACAUACUCACUGCCGGUGAAAACCUCGUAACUCCAGUGUUGCUGAUUUUUCAUUCUGGGAGGUUACAAAUGUUAAUCUGUGGGUAAAAAGAUUAUUCAGACUGUUUCUGGAUUCAAUGAAAAAUGUAUUGUUUGUUGUUGUUGAAGUUUUCAUUUUAGGAGAUACAAGGUUUUUACCUGACAGCGGAGACAUGCAAGUAAGAAAAAAAAAGUUUGUGUUGACACUAGGGCUUCAACAAAUGAGCAGUUUGAUUAUCAGUUAGAUUAUUUUUACUACUGAGUGAUGAAUCUUCAGUCUGAAAAUGUCAGAAAACAGGCACAUUUUAGUGUCAAGGUGUAAAUUUCAAAUAACUAUUUUUGUCCAACCAACAGUCUAGCCAAAAGAGAUUCAGCUUACAAUGACAUAAACAAAGAAAAGCAGCAAACUCUCACAUGAUGAGAAGCAGCAAACUCAAAAAUAUGUCUAACAUGAUUGAUCAACAAUAGUUCCCUAACACCUUGUUUGUUUUUUUUCAGCCCUGGUGUGCACAAACACACCUUCUCCCUUCCUCACACACAGUUUCGUGAAAACUGUAACUCUAAUGGUUCCACUGUGGUUAGAUUUAAAGCCGCUGAGGCUGCGACUGCUGACCUGUAUGUGUAGCAGCAGCUCUUUGAUUGGUUGAUUGAUUGAUUGAUUGCUAAAGCAGACAACAUGGGUCAUCUUUUAUGAUUGUGCAGUAGAUGUUGAAAAUAAUUCCAUGAAGGCUUGACUGGCUGAACUUUACAACACUUUGCUCUCCUAAACUCUCGUGACUUCUCCUUUUUUUUCCCCGCUGUUGGAUUUUUAUUUUGAAGUUGUUUACUUCCUGCAUGUUUUACUUGAAUGGCUGCCACGUUUUGACCUCAUAAGCUUGAUCUCUUUAAUUGCCUUGUCUUUUCUUGCAGUGGGUGACAUUAUUUGAAGGUAGCUGGCUUACAAUUUGAGUUUCUCCUGCAAUGUAAGAGGUUUUGCUAUUUAUAUGUUAUUUGUUACCAAAUAUGUGCUGGUUUUCAUCACACAGUCAGCGUCUCUCGGGAUGAUUUCUAGUAGAGCGAGCUCUACCUCUUCACUUUUCACCGUUUGUUUUAACCUACUGCAAAUUACUCAUCCAUCUGUCCUCUUAUUUUUCCGACAGAUAAAUCAUGAAUUCAAUGGUCAAACAGUGUGUAAAAAAAAGCUAAUAGCCUCGACAUGGCUUUUAUGUGUAGUUUUGUAUCAUUAACUAUAUAUAGAUGUCUUCUAAAAUCACAAAAUCAGAAUUUUCUAGGAGAAAAUUGCAGAAAAAAAGAUCUUUUUUUACAAAAGCUGAAAAGAAAAUUCUGACAUUGAAUCACUAUGAGCAGGUUAUUGUCAGUUAUAGUGUAGCUGUAAUGUACAAACUGUCAUUGUAUGUUAUUCCCUUAUGUGAGCCUAAUACAGGCCUUAUAGAAUAAAACAUGUUGUAUUUUUGUAUUACAGUAAUUUGCUAUCUGUUUACAUUUGGUAUGAUUUGAGAAACAUCUUAAUGUGUGUGUUUUAUAAGUCUCUGAUUCGAUCAAGAUCCCUCCCUUGUGCCUCUUUUAUAAGUAGAGCAUCGAUGUGCUUGAGUACAUGGGUCUGUGCUAUUGGUAGUUGUUUCUGGGUGUUUGUUUAUUGUUACUUAAUUAAAGAUAGACUGCCAUGUAGAUCCACUUUGUCUGAACAUUGCAACCAGAGGCAACAUACUGUGAUAGUGGCUGGUACUCUGAGACAAGCGUGUACUUGCGUCAAAUUGUUCCCUUCAAAGUGACAAUGGACUGAGAUCUUUGGGUUAAAAAAAAGUGUGUAUAGCAAAUCUUGGCAUCUGUGGGCAUGAACAAUGCCUUCUUAAGUAGCCAACAACACUCAGUGCCAUGAAAACACACAUUCACUGUAUCUAUUCUACAUGAACAUGCACUAUAAAUGGAUUUCCUUGGUGGACCAAAAGAAAUAGAGCACUUUUGUUUGAAAAGGGUUUUUUCUUUGAUCUUUCUAUGUUGUGAUAAUGCAGAUGUCCUUUUAUUUGAUGUGUCCUAGAACGAUGUGAUUAGCAUUGUUUAGAUUAUGUCAAUGUCUGUCUACCUCAGGGCCAGAUCAAAGCUCGACCUGGUGUCCAAUCAGGGUUGUUCUUCUUGCCAUGCGUGCAGUAAAAUCCCUCUUCAUUACAGCUUUGUAACACAGUGUGUGAAAGUGUUUUUUCUCAGUGUGGAUUCAGGCACAACUCUGUAUGCGUCAGUGUUCGGUGGCAUGGUUAAAAAAAGAAUAAAACAAGUUACUAUUUUAUGCA